CCAAAUUCUUACAAUUAGACCAAAUUUUUUUAAAUUUAAUUUAUAUCCUACAGAUAAAUUUGAUAAUUAUGUAAGCCUCAUUUCUCAGACUUUUAGUGAAUUCUCUGGGGACACUGUUCAAAUGCAGAUUUUGAGUUAGUGGAUUUGAGGCAGGGCUUUCAUCUCUAACAAAUUUCCAAGUCAUGUGAAUAAAUGCUUGUCCGAGGACCACACUUCGAGUUGCAAAGAUGUAAAACACAUCUAUUCUCCAGCAAUUAUCUGACUCAGGUUAUUAAAUGCAAAGCAGCCAUCGCCUGGGAAGCAGGCAAGCCCCUUUGCAUUGAAGAGGUUGAAGUAGCUCCCCCCAAGGCUCACGAAGUUCGCAUUCAGAUCAUUGCUACUUCCCUGUGCCAUACUGAUGCCACUGUUAUCGAUUCUAAAUUUGAGGGCUUAGCUUUCCCAGUGAUCGUUGGCCAUGAGGCUGCAGGGAUUGUGGAAAGUAUUGGGCCAGGAGUGACCAACUUCAAACCAGGUGACAAAGUAAUUCCACUUUAUGCACCUCUAUGUAGAAAAUGCAAGUUUUGUCUGAGUCCACUCACAAACUUUUGUGGAAAAAUCAGUAAUCUUAAAAGUCCUGCUAGUGAUCAACAACUAAUGGAAGACAAAACUAGCAGGUUUACCUGCAAAGGAAAGCCAGUUUACCAUUUCUUGGGAACCAGUACAUUCUCUCAGUACACUGUAGUGUCAGAUACUAAUCUUGCCAAGAUAGAUGAUGAUGCAAAUUUAGAGAGAGUUUGUCUGCUUGGAUGUGGGUUUUCAACUGGCUAUGGGGCUGCAAUCAACAAUGCCAAGGUCACCCCUGGCUCGACUUGUGCUGUCUUUGGCCUAGGAGGUGUGGGUCUUUCUGCUGUAAUGGGUUGUAAAGCGGCAGGAGCUUCCAGAAUCAUAGGUAUUGACAUCAACAGUGAGAAGUUUGCAAAGGCUAAAGCCCUGGGAGCCACUGAUUGCCUCAAUCCUAGAGACCUACAUAAACCCAUCCAGGAGGUUAUCAUUGAAUUGACCAAGGGAGGUGUGGAUUUUGCUCUUGACUGUGCAGGUGGAUCUGAAACCAUGAAAGCAGCCCUGGACUGUACAACCGCAGGCUGGGGAACAUGUACUUUCAUUGGAGUAGCUGCUGGUAACAAAGGAUUGACUAUUUUUCCAGAGGAGCUAAUAAUCGGCCGUACUAUAAAUGGAACAUUCUUUGGUGGUUGGAAAAGUGUAGAUUCUAUCCCAAAGCUGGUCACUGACUAUAAGAAUAAGAAAUUCAAUCUGGAUGCAUUGGUGACCCAUACCCUGCCUUUUGACAAAAUCAGUGAGGCAUUCGACCUAAUGAACCAAGGAAAAAGCAUCCGAACAAUCCUGAUCUUUUGA